UUUUUUUCCCCCCUAUUUCACGGCCCCUUGAUUGACUCUUUGGUGUGUUUUCUCCCUUUCCUCAACUGCUUGUCCUAUACAACACCCAUCGAGAACAUCAUGGGUGGAAAUUCAUCCCCUAGAGUAGGGGAGCAAAAGAAGAAUGAAGAAAUCACCCUCAAGACCAUCAAAGAUGCCAUCCCUCCCUCCUGCUUCGAACGUUCCCUCCUCAUCUCCACGGCCUACGUGAUCCGCGACUGCAUCUACGCCGCCACUUUGUUCUAUCUGGCUCUGAAAAUCGACCUGAUUCCCUCACAAGCUCUUCGUGUUCUGGCCUGGAUUGUCUACGGAUUCUUCCAGGGCUGCGUGGGAACCGGAAUCUGGAUCCUCGCCCAUGAAUGUGGCCACGGCGCUUUCUCUCCCUUCCCGCUCUGGAACGACUUCAUGGGAUGGGUGAUGCACUCUGCUCUCCUCGUCCCUUAUUUCUCCUGGAAGAUCACCCAUGCCAGACACCACCGCUACACCAACAACAAGCAGAGGGAUACGGCGUUCGUUCCCCGCACCGAGAAGGAAGCCGCAGAUUCCCCCAACUACCUUCCCGCAUGGCUCGAGAUGCUGGAGGAUACCCCCAUCUACUCCUGCCUGAGUCUGUUGGCCCACCAGCUGGGUGGAUGGCAGCUCUACCUCCUGUGCUACGUGACCUCGGGCCCCAAGAGCCGUCCGAUCCAGGCGAAGAACACCAGCCGCUUCCAAACCCAGAGCCACUUCGACCCUACCAGCUCUCUCUUCACCCCCUCGCAGCGCAUCCUGAUCGUGAUCUCGGACAUUGGUCUCCUCCUCACCGGUGCAGCGAUCUACUAUCUCGGCCAGCAGGUUGGUCUCCUCAAGACUUUCCUCCUCUACUUUGUUCCCUAUUUCUGGGUCCACCACUGGCUUGUCGCCAUCACCUACCUCCACCACACCCACCCCACAGUCCCCCACUUUGACGACGAAACCUGGACUUUCACCAAGGGUGCCUUGUCCACCGUGGACCGCGACUUUGGCUUCAUCGGCCGUCAUUUCUUCCACCAUAUCAUCGAGCACCACGUGGUCCACCAUCUUUUCCCGCGCAUCCCCUUCUACCGCGCCGAGGAAGCCACCGAUGCAAUCAUCCCUGUGCUCGGCGACCAGUACCAUCACGAUGGCACGAACUUCCUCAAGUCCCUCGUGCAAACCUAUUUCUCGUGCGCUUAUGUGGUCGACAACAACAAGGACGGUAUCUUUCACUGGGCACUCCCGGCCAAGGUUGCCGCUGCUGCGGAGUAA